CCACUCACGGGAGGACCCAGGCAUCCGGGCCACCUGAGCGGAGGUCUGUGGCUCUGCUCUCCCCACCCAUCAGGCUCUGGAAUAGAAUCUAGACCAUUCAGCUCUUCAGACCCCAGACCCCAGACCUCGCCUGAGGACGUGAGCCGUUGAUGGGCUGGGGCAAGGCCAGGUUGCAGCACCCAGGACUGUGGGGCCCUGUGCUGGCCGUCCUGCUGGGAGCCUGCCAGGCACACCCCAUCCUGGACUCCAGCCCCCUCUUCCAGUUUGGGAGUCAAGUCCGGCGGCGCUACCUCUACACAGAUGAUGCCCAGGACACGGAGGCCCACCUGGAGAUCAGGGCUGAUGGAACGGUGGCAGGGGCUGCCCGCCGGAGCCCUGAAAGUCUCUUGGAGCUCAAGGCCCUGAAGCCAGGCGUAAUUCAAGUCUUGGGAGUCAAGACGUCCAGAUUCCUGUGCCAGAGGCCGGACGGGACGCUGUACGGAUCGCUCCACUUCGACCCUGCAGCCUGCAGCUUCCGGGAGCUGCUGCUCAAGGAUGGCUACAACGUCUACCAGUCCGAGGCCCUCGCGCGCCCGCUUCGCCUGCCCCCCUACAGCUCCCCGUCCUCGGACCCGGCCCGCCGAGGACCGGCCCGCUUCCUGCCACUGCCGGGCCCGCCCCCAGAACCCCCACAGCCUCCAGGCCGCCUGGCCCCUGAACCUCCGGAUGUGGGCUCCUCGGACCCCCUGAGCAUGGUGUGGCCUUCCCGGGGCCGAAGCCCCAGCUACACUUCCUGAAGCCACAGGCUGUCGAUUAGAGGGUCGCCUCUCUAUUUAUUGGGUUAUUUAUCUUAUUUAUUUGUUUUGUUUUUCUUACCUAGAAGAAUAAAGAGU